AUUCGUCUUUAUUCCCCGCAGCGAAGCCGUCGGUCGCCUACCCCGUGGUGGUGUUCGUGCACGGGGAGUCGUAUGAAUGGGGGUCGGCCAGCCUGUACGACGGCUCUGUGCUGGCGGCGCUCGGCAGGGUCAUCGUCGUCACCAUCAACUACCGACUCGGCAUUCUGGGUUUUUUCAACCCUAAUGUGGACCCGGUUGGACGCGCCACGGUGGCCAACUACGGCCUCAUGGACCAGCUAGCCGCCCUCCAUUGGGUGCAAGAAAACAUAGUGCGCUUCAGCGGCGACCCCGGCCACGUGUCAGUGAUGGGGCACGGCACGGGGGCGGCGUGUCUGAACUUCCUCGUCAUCUCACCCGCGGCGGCCGGGGCGGGACUGUUCAAACGGGCCAUCCUCAUGUCGGGGUCGGCGCUGAGUCCUUGGGCGGCCGUUCAGGAGCCUGUGUACUACGCUGUGCAGGCCGCCCGCCAGCUGGGAUGCACCGUGCCCGAGAACCUCUACCGACACUACGAGGCGCUGCUGCACUGCCUCAGGGACAGAACCUUCGACCAGAUCCUGCAGGUGGACUUAGAAACGCCGCAAUUUUUAUCGUCCGUUGGCCCCAGCGUGGACGGCGUCACUAUCCGGCCAGACUGGAAGGAUCAGCUUGAGAAGAUGGGGUCUGAGGGACGCACACCCGUGGACCUGCUGAUGGGCGUCACCACCACCGACGUUCUGGAGGUGUUCAGCGACGCCGAGAUCCAACACGGCUUCGAAGCAGACCACCGGGACCGUCUUCUCAGGACCUUCGUCACCAACAACUACAGAUACCACCUACAGGAGAUCGUGCUGGCCAUCACGGCAGAGUACACAGACUGGGCCCGCCCCGUCCAGCACCCUGUGCACAUCCGAGACCUGACGGCAGAGGCGUUGCACGACGCCGCCUACGUUGCUCCCGUCACCGUGGCCGCCAACCAGCUGUCCAGUACCACCAGGACCACCUUCCUGUAUGUGCUAGAUCAUCGCCCUGACGAGCCCGACCCUGAGACUGGUCCCGAGGUCUCUCUCAACGAGUUGCUAUACGUGUUCGGGGCACCGCUAGGUGAUGUGGGUCCCCUUGCGGCGCCUGCCAAUUACAGCAAGACAGAGGUUAGCCUAAGCGAGGCCGUCAUCACCAUGUGGACUAACUUCAUCAAGACUGGAAAUCCGAACGAGAGUGGUGUGGGCUGGGCAGGACCAGCGGCCAGCCGGGAGACCCAUCGCUACAGGAGUCCUGAAUGGCCGCUGUAUGAUGCCGUCUACAAGAGGUACCUCGACCUUGGUGGUCGCGGGCGUGCGCGGGAUCACUACAGGGCGGGGCGCGUGGCCUUGUGGUCGUGGCUGGUGCCAGGUCUAGAGAAGGUUGGGUCACGCUACGGCCCGGACUCUGCAUUCCAUCAGCUUCCUGACCAUGAUGAGGCCGACACAUACUCCGGCCCAACGCGUCCCAGUAAUCUGUCCAGCAACUUCCUGCCCCCGCCAACCACACCGGCGCCCACCCGACUCAUCACGCCUGCCCAGGCCCACGAGGCGCAGGCACCCACCUUGCUCGUGUACCCCAACACCAGUCACGUCGCCGGCCUGCUGGAGGACGUGUCGCGGGGCCAGGUGUUCCCGCACAACCAGCAGCACCUCAGUCAAUUUCCAUAUACCACCGCCCUGAGUCUUACUGUCGCCAUUGGCUGUUCGCUUCUCAUUCUGAACCUCUUGGUGUUUGCCGCAGUGUACUACAGACGCGAUUCUUCACAGCAGGGGAACAAUAAGGGUGGAGGGACGGGUACCCAUGACGGUAACAGCACAGACACCAGCACUGACAUUCAGCUCCGCGCCUCAGGGGAUGCUGUAGCUGCCAAGCCUUCGUCGCCGUCUCAGUGUGGAACACUACGCUCGUCUGCCACGAUGCGCAGCAGCUUAGCCACCUCUUGUGACAGUGAGGCGCAGCAGGAGUGGCCGCCAGACUACAGCACCUGUUGUCAGACCACCAAGGGAAGCGACGGUUCAACAAUUUCAAGAACAGGGAGUCGGCCACCUCACAAUGGUACGGCGCGUGGAGUGGCCCGGCCUCCGCCUCCCCCAAGGUCUUCUUCGUACCCGUCCCACGUGGAGCCGCAGCCGCUUCUCUCCCCAACGGCCCUCCUCCACUCUAAUAGUGCCGUGUGCUCAGAGAUGAGGGUCUAGGAAGCCAUUCAGGAGAAGUAGGUGUUAGUGGUUUCGACUGUCGUCUCACCCAUUUCGUCACACAAAUCGUCACUAGCAUUAAAAUUAUAAGACUGCGUCAAUGCUUAUAACAUUUAAGUAGAAAAUAUAUUUGUACUAAUCGGUUGCUUUAACCUCUUCCUUUAAAGAAUGUGGAUUUCAUAAUUAUAUACUUCAGUGUUACACGCAGGUGAAGGCUGCAAGCGGUCGACUGAACAACAGGGAUUUUUGGACGAACAGACACACCCACUGGGCGGCUGGGGUGAGUGCAGCUACUUUGUAUAUAAGCAGUGACAUGACAGAUCAGGAAGUGUGUGUGUGUGUGUGUGUGUGUGUGUGUGUGUGUGCGGGCGUGCAAGGGCAGAAACAAUAAACUAAUAAUAUAUAAUUAAUGAAUGUUUGAAUUCAAAGCUGUACAUUGAAAAUAAUUAUUUCGCCGCUGUUUUGGAUAAUUAAUAAUUAAUACAAGGGUUUUUUAUAGGGUGCUUCUUGAAAAGAAAAACACUCAUAUAUAGUCAUUCUUCUUCAAUCACAUCUUCACGUCUUAUCCACAUUACAUUUUCCUUAGAGAAUCACGGUACAAAAUGUCUGCCUCGGCCAACAUGUCUAUCGCUGAGAUGCUCAGUCUCCCCGGUGCAGACGAUGGGACAGGUUCAGUAAAUUAUUAGGUUUGCAUCUAUACUGCAGUGAUUGUUUAUUUAUUGAGGCAAUUUGGGUGUAUGGAAACUACUAUUUUUUUCUGGAUUUUACAAUUUUGCUUCAAAUUGAAAGUGUUGCAAAAGCACAGCUGAAAAUAAUUACCAUGGAGACUGUAACGUGGCCGCUGCUUUAGAGUGUGAAUGUUUCAUGGGCGUCGCCGUGUGUCGUGUAUGCUGGGCGCCAGGGACGGGAGGAUGGAGGUUUUUCUCGUGACUUUCUGGUGUGUGUGUGUGUGUGUACUAUAUAAAUAAAGAUUUUUUUUAUCAUGCAUUUAUAUAUUCUAGCUUUUACUACUGCAUUAGGUACAAGAGUCAAUCACAUAGUUUACAUGUUUUCAAAAUCUUAACCAAUUAAGUGACUGACACUAUUUGGUACACACACACACACACACACACACACACACACACACACACACACACACAUUCGCCUUACAACCAAGAGGCCCCGGGUUCGAUUCCCGAGCGGAAUGGAGACGGAUGGACAAUCUCCUUUAAUCCGUGCCCCCUGUCCUGUCCUGCCCUUUGUGUGUGUGCGUCCUGUCCCUGUGCUACCCUUCGUGUGUGUGUGUGU